GGUAUUUAAAUAUAAAAUAUAAUAUUUAUCGUCACUGAAGAAGAAAGAAAGAAAAAAAAAAAAAGAAGGUCAAGCUGAAACCAGUAGUUGGGCAGUAUGUAUUUAUAGGCAUGUAGUUUCCUACAAACGAGAGACCCCCGGAUCACCCCACCCGCUAAACCACCCCAAGAGAGCAAGAAUUAAACGCACAAAACCCAAAGCAGACGCUCUUUUAAAGAAAAAAUGGAGGUGGAGAAGAAAGCAGAGGAAACAGCUCUAAAUUCAACAAAAGACACCGAAGCUCAAACACAGCCCAAAACUAAAAGCAAACACAGGCGCAGAAACAUCUGUCUUGCAAUAACUGCUUCCGUCAUCGUCCUCAUCGUCGUGAUAGCUGUGAUCUUAGCAUUCACAGUCUUCAAAGCCAAAGAACCCACCACCACAAUCGACUCAAUCUCUCUAGAAAAUCUCAAAGUAGAUUUGGACGCUGCGAGAAUGGGUGUCGACCUGAAUAUGACUAUGGACGUUGAUCUCACCGUCACCAACCCAAACAAAGUAGGCCUAAAGUACAAGAAUGGUUCAGCUUUGCUGAAUUAUAGAGGUGAACUUGUUGGUGAAGUCCCGAUUCCUGCAGGAAAGAUGGGCGCCGACGAGACCAGACCCAUGAAUGUUACUGUUACUGUCAUGGCGGAUCGGUUAUUGUCUAAUCCUCAGCUUUUUUCUGAUGUGAUGUCCGGAUUGUUGAACGUGAGUACUUUAAUUAAACUUUCUGGCAAAGUUGCGAUUUUUAAUAUUUUCAAAAUCAGUGUGGAUACAACUACUACAUGCGAUGUUUCUGUCUUUAUUGCAAAUGCUACUAUUGCAGAUCAGAAGUGCAAGUACAAGGCAAAAAUUUAGACAACCUCUGUAUUUGUUUCAAGAUAUUUAGUCUUUUUGUCUAGUGUACUAAUUCUACUUGCAGAAUAUGUUCUUGUUCUUUGUUGGCUGGUUGGGAUAAUUAUGUUAUUAUUACGGAGGAGUUACACACGAUUGUACGAUUCUAUACUUCGCCCGUUUUGGGGGUUUUCUGUUUUGAUCUUUACUGUUUGAUUGCCCAGAUACAGACAGAAUUCUUGAUUCUGCUUUGUGAUUAUGCCAAUUCUUGAAUUUGAAUGCACUUCUUUCGCAAUCAAACCAUAUGCUUGUUUUCUAUAUGAAGCCAUUUUUAUGAAAUUGAACUUGUGUGUUGGUCGUC